AUGCCGAAACCACACGUGGCAGUCCUCCCGAGCCCCGGCCUAGGCCACGUCACCCCACUCCUCGAGCUGGCCAAGCGCCUCGUCACCCAAUUCGACCUCCACGUCACCGUCCUCGUCGUCACCUCCACCAUCCCUUCCCCUGCCCUGUCCCAGCUCCUCCACUCCCCAACCCUCCCCGCCGAUCUCGACGUCGUCGAGCUCCCUCCCGUCGACGCCGCCGCCCUGGUCACCGACGAGAUGCAGCUCCUCACCCAGCUCGCCAUCAUGGUCGAGCACAGCCUCAACGCGUCGCUGAAAUCCGUCCUCCUCCAAAUCGGAACUCCCAAAGCCCUCAUCAUCGACAUCUUCUGCACUCAAGCCUUCGACAUCUGCAAGCCGCUCUCGAUUCCGGUCUACUCUUUCUUCACCGCCUCCGUCGCCCUGAUGAACUUCUCCCUCUACCUCCCGACGAUGGAUCGAGAAAUCGACGGCGAAUUCGUCGACCUCCCGGAACCAGUCGCCGUCCCCGGAUGCACCCCGAUACGAACCGCCGAUUUGCUCGAUCAGGUGAAAGAUAGGAACAACGAUGAGUACAUGUGGUAUCUCCACCACGUCGGACGACUGCCGGAGGCGGCGGGGAUUUUCCUCAAUUCGUGGGAAGGAAUUGAGCCGGUUUCGAUUCAAUCGCUAACAGAGCAUCCUUUCUACAGGGGAAUCCCAAUUCCGGAGAUUUUCCCAGUGGGGCCUUUAAUCAAACAGGUGGAGUGCACCGCCGAAAUGGACGCCGAAUUGAUCAAUUGGCUCGACGAACAGCCAUCAAAAUCGGUCCUCUUCGUCGCGCUGGGGAGCGGCGGGACUUUUACUUCCGAUCAGAUGACGGAGCUGGCGUGGGGGCUGGAACUGAGCGAGCAGAGGUUCGUGCUCGUGGCUCGGUUCCCGUCGGACCGGAGCGCGUCGGCCGCGUACUUCAACGCGGGGAGCGGCGGGGAGGAGGAUGGUCCGGCGAGGUACCUGCCGGAGGGGUUUGUGGAGAGGACGAAAGGGAGAGGGGUGGUGGUGGCGUCGUGGGCGCCGCAGAUUGCGGUGCUGGGACACGUGGCGACGGGGGGAUUCUUGUCGCACUGCGGGUGGAAUUCGACGCUGGAGAGCGUGAGCAGCGGGGUGCCGAUGAUCGCGUGGCCGCUUUACGCGGAGCAGAGGAUGAACGCGACGAUACUGGAGGAGGAGGUCGGCGUGGCGGUGAAGGUGGCGGCGGCGGCGGCGGUGGUGGGGAGGGAGGAGAUUGAGAGGGUGGUGAGGUUGGUGAUGGAAGGGGAGAAAGGGAAGGAGAUGAGGGAGAAGGCGAGGUUGCUGAAGGAAAGCGCCGCCGAGGCGUUGAGCGUCGGCGGCGGCGGGUCUUGGGCGUCGCUGGCGAAGGUGGCGGAAAGGUGGAAAAAGUGA